AUGAUUAGGAAGUGUGUUGAGCUAUUUUAUUUUAAGAAUCCUCGAUGGAUCCCUCCUUCGAAAUAUAACUUAAAGUGUAGUAGAAGGUUAUAUCAUAAACAUAUGAUUAACAAAGAAAAAAUAAUAAGAAAAAGAUUCUCAUAUGAAUAUAUAAAUGAUGAUGAAAAUUUUUUGUUUAAUAAAUAUAAUUGUGUAAACUCUUUGGUUAAUUAUUACUAUGUUAAUAAAAAAUUUGAAGAAAUAAAUUUAUUAAUUACAAAUGAACAAGAUGAUGGUAAAUAUAUGGAUGAUAUUAUUAAUAUAUUGUAUGUUCUUUGUGUGAAGGGUAAUAUUAGUAUACUCGAUAGAAGAAUAAAAUAUUAUGUUUCUUAUAUAUUAACAUAUGUGAAUAAAUAUAUGAGAGAAUUGUCUGAUCAUAAAAAUAAAAAGGUAAGCAAGAAUCAACAUAAUGAUAUACACAAUAAUAUACAUAAAGAUAUUACCAAUGAUGAGUGUAGUAAUAUACAUAAAAAUAUUACUAAUGAUGAGUGUAGUAAUAUACAUAAAGAUAUUACUAAUUAUGAGUGUAGUAAUAUACAUAAAGAUAUUACUAAUAAUGAGUGUAGUAAUAUACAUAAAGAUAUUACCAAUGAUGAGUGUAGUAAUAUACAUAAAGAUAUUACUAAUGAUGAGGGUAGUAAUAUACAUAAAGAUAUUACCAAUGAUGAGUGUAAUAAAAAAAAGAAUGGUUGUGUGCAGAUGUACGAGGAUGAUAAUUAUUACAAUAGUCAUAAUAUAUACAAUAAUGUUAAUAUAAAAGAAGAGAAUACGAUUAUUCAUAAGAAGAAAAAAUUUAUUAGUAUUAAGAGUUAUUUAUUAUUUCUUAAUAUUUUAAAAGUAUUAGAUAUGAAAAAUGAUUUUAAUAUAUUGUUAAAAUAUGUAAGUGAAAAUAUUCAUUUUUUUUCCAUAGAUAUUAUUCACAAAAUAGCCUUUAAUUAUGAUAUAAAAAAUAUGAAUAAUAUAAAUAAUAAUAAUCAUGAAAUAUUUUUUAAAGGAAUAUUAGACUAUAUAUAUACGUUAAUAGAUUAUAAUCCUUCUAUAUAUUAUAACCAAAUGAAAAGUAUUAAUUUAUGUAUUAAUAUAUGUACGAACUAUUUUUUUGAGAAACGAUAUAUAAGAGAACAAAAAAAAAAAAAUGAUAAUGAAGAUAUUAUGUAUAUGUAUAAUUUAAAUUAUAUAUAUAUAAAUCAUAUUAUAACCUUUCAUAAUUUAAUACAUCAAUAUAAUAGAACAACAAAUAAUAUAAAAAAUUAUAAAUCAGAAAAAGAAUAUGAAAAUAAAAAAACUUCAUGUCUUUUUAACAAAAGUAAAAAAAUUAUAACAGAUGAUGUAUCACAUAUUUUACAAGAAGGUAAUAUAUCAAAAAGUACUGUUCAAUCUAAAUCACAAGAUAGAAAAGAAUGUAUAAAUUCAGAAGACAAUUUAAAUAUUAUAAAUGAAAAAUUUAAAUAUAUUAAUGACUUUUAUUUUAAUUAUUAUAUGAUUGAUACUAUAUAUAUUUUAUAUAAUUAUUAUACAAAUUUAUUAAGGGAAAAAAAAAAAAAAAAAAAAAAAAAAAAAAUAAUAAUGAAACAGAACCAUCAACAAAAAGAAGAAUAUUUCCUUUUGUAUAUACCAGACGUAAAAAAUAAUAUUACGAAUAUAUUGUUACAUUUUAUUAAUAUUAUACAUAUCAACCUAAAUACAAAUCAACAAAAAAUUAAAAAUAAGAAAAUUAUACAAGCAUUAGAAAGAAUUUUAAAGUUAAGUUACGAAUUUAAACAUAAAUCAUUUAAUUAUGAAUCAUUUAUAUUAAAUUAUUGCAAUAUGUUAUUAGUUAGUAAACUUGAUCUCUCAUUAAUUGACAAUAUAAAAAUAUUAACUAUUUUUAAACAUAUAAGAAAAUCACACAGGGAGACACAUGAACACAAUGUAGAGACACAAAGAAAACAAAGAAUAGAUAAGCCAUUCAAUACAUGUCAACAAAAAGAAAAAAAAUUAAACGACAACAAAAUAAUGUAUGUUACAGAACAAUGUGGAAAUAUUAAUGAAAUAUAUGAUAUAGAAGAUAAUACAUAUAUUGAACAUACUAGUUUACAUAUUAAUCAAUCAAAUAUUUCUCAUAUAAGAGAAAAUAAUUUCGAAUCAUAUGAUAUAAACAAACAUUUGGAUAAUAUGAUAAAAUUAGUUUGUAGUAAUUUAAAAACUUGUGUACAUAAUUCAUGUGGUAAUAACAUAUGUAUGUUAAUUCCUCUAAUUUAUGAAUUUCAUAAAUAUAUGGAUUGUGAAUUGAAAAAUAUAUUAAUCGUUCAAAUUACAUGUAAUAAACAUAAUAUAAAUGAAAAUAAUUUAAUAAAUAUACUAAGAGUAUUUUGUAAAAUAAAAUAUAGAAAUGAUAUGUUGGAUCAAUUUUUUUAUAACCAAAAGAAAUUUAAUUUUUAUAAUAACUAUUUGGGGAGUGAACAACAAGGAGAUAAGAAAAAUGUAUAUAUCUUUUCUUGUCCAAAGAAUUUCUUUUUAUUCUUUUAUUAUAAAAGUAAAAAUAAUUUAUUCAAUUAUAAAGAUAUGUAUUAUAUUGAAAAUUAUGUACAAAAUAAUUUCUUAGAAAUGAAUAUAAAAGAUUUCCUUCUACUACUAUUAAUUUAUUAUAAAAAUAAAGCUUUUUUAUUACCACAAUUGUUAAUUAAAAUUCUUUCUAUUGUUAAUAAUGGGAAAAAACUAAUCACUGAAAAAGAAUUAUUAUUCUUCUUAUACUUAUUUUCAAAAAAUUAUUAUCAUUUGUCAAACGAUAAUAAUAGUGAAUGGAUAGAUCAAAAUGAUAAAAAUACACAUUUAAUCCGAAAAAUUAACUUAUUUAGAAAAAGUCAAUAUAUUCAAGAACAUAUCAACCAUUUUAUCAACCUAAUUAAUGAUUUAUUUUAUUUUAUUUAUAAUGAAAAAACAAUUAAUUAUCCACCUGAACAAGUCAGGCUUCUUUUACAAGAAAAAAAAAAAAAAAAAAAAAAGAUAAUAAUAAAUAAAAAAAACAGCGAAAAUGGUGAACUAGCCAAAACGAUGAAUGAUGAGACAAAUAAGGACAAUAUGGGUUAUGAAAUAUAUGAAGAAAGUGAAUCUAAUAGUGAAUUAAAUCAAAUAAGUAAUAAUAUGAAUUCUAUUGAUGAAUAUAAAAUAAAUUUUACCAUAUUAAAAACAAAUUUGAUAAUGAUGAAAAUAUUAUAUAAUAUAUAUUAUGCUUAUUUUUCUUCAUUAUUGGAGAAAGGAAAAAGAGAAGAAAAAAAUAUUCUGAACAGUCAUCACGAAAAAUUAUUGAAUCAUUUGUAUAUAUGUUUUAAUGAAAAUUAUUCAAAAAAUGUUGAAGAAAUUAAAGACGUAGCACCUUUGUUAUAUUAUUUUACAUAUUUUAAUUUAUAUUCAUCUUUUUAUUUCGAAAAACAAAUGUCAUAUAUAAUGAUGAAUAAUAUAAUAGAUGAGCGAUUAAUUAAAUAUGUGAUGCUUAGUCACGUGUGUGUAAAAAAAAUUAUUCCGCGUGAAAUUAAAAGCAUUAUAAAAAAAUAUGUGUUAGAAAAUUUUGUACAUUUUAGUGGUUCUUUUAAAAUUUUAUGUUUUAGAUUAAGUCAUCACUUUUUAGAUGUACCGAAUGGUGUAGCACUGGAGGGGAAAAAGAAUAAUGUGGGGACAGAAAAAAAUGUGGACACAGAAAAAAAUGUGGACACAGAAAAAAAUGUGGAGACAGAAAAAAAUGUGGGGACUGAAAAAAAUGUGGGGACAGAAAAAAAUGUGGACAUAUCAAUAUUUAAUAAACUCUUAAAUGAUUUGUUGAUAAAUUUAGAUCAUAUGAAACCAAAUCAUUAUUUAGUUAUAUAUUUUACCAUUUCCAAUAAUAUGAUAAAAAAUAAAAAAUAUUAUAUCGAAUUAUUUUAUCAUAUGAAUAAGAUAGCCACAUGUUAUAAUAAUGAACAGUUAUUUUCGAUACUUUACUACAUGUAUAAAACAGGAUAUAGUAAACCAAAAAUAAGGAAAAAAAUAAGAAACCUUAUUUUGUUUCGUCAUAAAAAGAGGUUAAUACAUUUAAGUAUGUAUAUUAAAUAUAUUUUACCUCUUGAUGAAUUUGGUAUAUAUCACUUAUUGCCAAUUAAAUGUCAGAAUAUUAUAUAUGACAAGCUAACAGUCGAUGUAAAAUCUUUAAUACGACCACCUUUGCAACACAUGGAAACGCAGAUUAAUGAGGUCAAAAAUAUAAAAGUAAAAAAUAAGAAGAAAAAGGGUGAAACCUUGGAAGAAUCGUCCAAAGGAAAUGAACAGAACGAUGCUCCUAUAUAUAUCUUUGAACAAAUGGUCAAAAAUUAUUAA